AUGCUGGUGCUCCGAGGUACAGUUCAAUGGCUUUCCCUCUGGCUGAUAGCUGCAUUAUACGUGCAGAACGUUUGCAGUUCAGCGGCAAAUCAUGUGAUCGCCCGUACUUCAUCAGGUCUGGUUCUUGGAACACGGACAUGCAACGAAUGGGAUUGUGUCGAUGCUUUCCUUGGCAUUCCUUACGCCCAGCCACCCGUUAACCAUCUUCGGUUUCAGAGACCCUUGGUUGUGCCACCGUGGUCAGGUAUUUUCAGCGCCACGAAGCUACCAAAGCCUUGUUUCCAGAGAACUGGUAAUGUUCCACCGACCCCUUGGGGAAGUAACGAUUCCACCAGUACGGAAGAUUGUCUCUACCUGAACAUCUGGGCUCCACAGUGGAGGCAGCAGACUUUACCAGUCAUGGUAUGGCUUCAUGGUGGCUCAUUCCGAAUUGGAUCGACAGAUCUCGAGAUGUACAACGGCGAAACCCUUUCGAGCUAUGGGCGCGUGAUCGUGGCAUCUGUUAACUACCGGCUAGGUGCUCUCGGAUUUCUCUACGCUGGAGUGUCGGAUAUCGAUGGCAAUAUGGGGCUCUGGGAUCAGCACUUAGCUUUGCGUUGGAUAAAAGAAAAUAUAAUUUUCUUUGGUGGCGAUCCGUCUAGAAUAAUACUCUUUGGCCAAAGUGCCGGAGGAAUAGCGGGAGGUCUCCAUGCGAUCUCUCCUUUGAGCGAGGGUCUGAUCAAGGGGAUCGUCAUGAUGAGCGGAACACCUGCCUGGGAUAUACCCUGGGAGAACAGCGGUGGACCAGAAAGGGCUGUAGAGCUUGCAAGAAGGGUUGGAUGCAUCAGAACAAGUCUGCACCCAAGGAUCGACCCUUACGUCGUCCGGUGUAUGCAGAGUACGCCUGCCGAAAAUAUCUUGAAAGCAGAGCUGUCAAUGUUCUCUGAUCAUUUAUUGACAUUCCUCCCGCGAUAUGGCGACGAAUUAAUCCCUACAGAGCCGGAAACAGCCCUUCAAGAGGGCAAGCUCCUUCCAGUGGAUGUAUUAGCGGGUAGCAUGGUGAACGAGGGAACGUUUACUUAUUAUCUGCAACGACCGUGUGGAAUAGGGCUCGGUUGGACAGCGAACGGUAUCGACAAGAACGUUGCAAGAGAAUUCCUUACAUCGUUCUUCCAAGACCAGUUACCGCAGGCUGCUUUGGAGCAAGUAAUUCACUACUACUUAGAUGCCGUUGACCCAGCCAAUUCAACAGCAGUGUUCAGACGAAUGACAGCCGCUGCAGGAAACUUUUUACUCGAGUGUCCAACAGUGUUCGCUCUCCAGGAUAUCAGUGCCCAUUGGCCCCGGGUUUAUUCUUAUCGAUUUGGACAUCGGUCCGCUAUGAGCCCGUGGCCAGAGGAAUUCGGUGUAACUCAUGCCGACGAGGUACCGUUUGUCUUCGGGGUUCCCCUGCGCAGGCAUGGCUUAGGUUACUCCUCUGGUGAUAUCGAAAUGAGUAAAAUCUUAAUGUUGGCGUGGUCCAGCUUCGCUCAUCACGGGUAA